AUGAGCAGUCCAGUAAACGUAUACUCUAUUUCAGAGGUAUCGCAGAGGCUGGAUGAGGAGAUACCUGUUGUGUUCGGGAGGCUGGGCUACAAGCAGUCGUUUAAGCUGAUAGACCUGAAACUGUUGAUCGGUUACUCAAUUGCCAUUGUUGCCGCAGCUAGUUUCCUUUUGGACAAGAAACUGGGCCAUAACAACGUUAUAGGGUACCAGAAACUGCUCGUCGGUUGCUACGCCGUUUUGUCUCUCAUAUUCUGGUACUUUAAGAAAUUCGUCGAGAAAUCUACUAUAUACACUGGGACAAAUAGUAACGACCAAUCUGUUAUCAACGUGAGAACUUUGUUCAAAGAGGCGCAACCUCUUUAUAAAGUGGUCUUGUUGGGUGAUGACGGUGCAAGACUGGAGGUGGAUCUCCAGAUUAAUAAAGUAUUCAACGAGGCAGGAUACUUACAGACAGAUUUAUUCUUCAACUGGUGCAAGAACCAGCUGACCAUUUUGAAGGAAAAGAAGGACAACUGA